GGGGCCAAGAAACGGAAUUUCCUUCUCAUUUCCACACAAGAUUAGAUUUCCUCCCCCGACCCACAAUCUGCGAAGUGCAAACACAGUUCCUCAAUCACUCCACUCUCCACUGCUUAAUUUCUUGCUUUUUCUUAUUGACUCUGAAAUCAAGAAAGUUUUCACCUUCUCUCCACAUCCAAAGCAGAUCGUCUCUCAAAUGGCGGACGUCUAUUUCUCCUUCUUCAGUCUUUCCAUCCUCGUCCCACUUUCCCUCCUUAUACUCCUCUACUUCAUUGUCCGCCCCAGGCCCGUCAGCGUACCAAUCAAGAACAGUCACGUGUUCAUCACCGGCGGCUCAAGCGGCAUCGGUCUCGCCCUCGCUCAUCUCUGCGCCCGUGAAGGCGCUAACGUCAGCCUCCUCGCCCGUAAUGUCACCAAGCUUGAGGAAGCCAAGCAAUCCAUCAAGCUCGCUACGGGUCGUGAUGUCAACGUCUUUAGCGCUGACGUCAGGGACUACGACGCCGUCAAACGCGCCAUCGAGGAGGCAGGUCCGAUCGAUGUGCUUGUGUGCAAUCAGGGUGUGUUCGUACCGCAGGAAUUGGAGCAUCAGGAACUGGAGGAGAUUAAGUUUAUGAUUGAUGUCAAUUUGACGGGGAGUUUUCAUUUGAUUAAGGCCGCGUUACCCGGUAUGAAGAAAAAUCGGGCCGAGCGGGGGCCCGGCUCGAUUGCUAUUAUGUCCUCUCAGGCGGGACAGGUUGGCAUUUAUGGCUAUACAGCCUAUUCAGCCAGUAAGUUUGGCCUCAAGGGUCUGGCAGAAGCACUUCAGCAUGAGAUUAUAGCAGACAACAUUCAUGUCUCCCUCAUCUUCCCUCCAGACACUGAAACUCCUGGUUUUGUGGAAGAGAACAAAAGAAGGCCACAACUUACCAGCAUAAUAGCAGCUUCCUCUGGUGCAAUGAAAGCCGACGAAGUUGCCAAGAAAUCUUUGGAUGGAAUUAAGUCGGGCACUUUUAUUGUCCCUUGCAACUUUGAGGGGUUCUUACUUUCCGUAGGGACUGCUGGUCUAUCCCCUCAGAGAUCAUAUCUGAUGGCAUUUGUGGAGGUAAUGACCGCUGGUAUAGUUCGUCUAGCUGCCCUAUUUUUCCAAUGGAAUUGGUACGGGAGCAUAGAGAAGUGGCACAAGAAGCAGUAGUACUUCUUAAAUGGAGUUUUGGGAAAAAGAACUGGCAUUGUCAUUGUUAAGUUCCACUUGGAGCCCAGUAGGGGUUUGCUUAAGCAGCCAAGAUUGACUUUUCUUCUAAUGUUAGAUGUAUUGCAUUAGCAUGCAUGUGUUGUUGGGAUCUAGCAAGUUUUGUGUUUUGCUUUGAUAUUUUCCCUUAUUGUGUACCAAUGUCUUAGCAGGUUGUAAAACAUGGUCUGGUUUAGGAGUAUUAGUUCUGGAGAACAACACAUGACGGAGAAUGCAUCUUGUAAACUUCGUUUUUCUGUGAGCCAUCAUAAUGAACUAAUCCAGGAUUAAUACAUCCAUCAUUCAGUAACAA